AUGAUUAGACCAUCCCUAAGCCAUAUUAAUAGUCUAUGUAUUCGCUUACAGACUAAGAGGUAUUUUGGAAACAUUCAUGUCCCUUUUCAAGAUGAUUUAGAUCCUGCUAAUGAUGAUGAUUUUAAUCUACUGGACUUUCAACAUUACAAAGAAUCUAAAGAUGUUAUAAUGCAGAAGCAAAAGCUAUACGAGGAUUUGGAACAAGAAACUCCAGAAGUAAAGAUUGACUUACAAAACUAUACAAAAUUAAGAGAACCAGUAAUAUUUGUAUCGAAAUUAAAGGACCCAUAUUUGAAUCUUGCAAUCGAAGAUAGUAUCUAUAAUGAUAUGCCGAUCCCAGAAAACGAUUCCAAAGAAAAUUAUAAUAGGUUAAUGUUUUAUAAGAAUUGGCCCUGUGCUGUCAUUGGCAAAAAUCAGAAUCCUUGGAAAGAAGUUAACUUGCCAUUAUUGAACUCACUACAUAUUCCUCUCGUGAGAAGACGCUCUGGUGGUGGAACUGUUGUUCACGAUCUUGGUAAUGUUAACUAUUCAUUCAUGACCACCAAGCCUAAGUUUGAUAGGUUUAAAUUUGCCGAAAUAAUUAGAGACUCGGUGAAUAAGUACCCGGAUCUUAAAUACAAGUUGAAAGUUAGUGAAAGGGGAGAUAUAACUACAGUAACGCAACCUGAUGGAGUUGAUUAUAAGGUUAGCGGGUCAGCUUACAAGUUAUCAAAAGGAAAAUCUUACCAUCAUGGUACUAUGUUGUUGGAUCUGAAGUUGGAUGUUUUGGGUAAAUUAUUGACGAGAGAUGAACGUCAACUAGGCAUUGUUGAUUCUAUGGCAUCCAUUAACUCUGUUAAAUCCAAGGUGAUUAAUUUAGAAUUAAAAGAUGAGAAAUUUAUUGAGUUGGUAAGUGAUGGGUUCAGUAAGAACUACGGAAUUGUCGAAAAAGAAAAUGACGUCCAGAACGAAAAGCUCCCAUCGGACUCUGAAGAGUAUGAUCAAAAUGAAUUAUUCAAUCUUACUGAUUUUGUUGAAGCAUAUUCAGAUUACGCAAGAGUUGUUAACAUAGACGAAACGACUGUGUUGAAUCAACAAAUAUAUGACUUGGCAGAUGAACUCAAAGAGUGGAAAUGGAAGUACGGAUCAACUCCUAAGUUUAGUCACGAAUUAUAUAACGAAAAGUUUGGUUUUACAGUCAAAUUCCAUGUGAAGAAGGGGGCCAUUAUAGACACGUUUGAAUUGUCAUUUGAUGAAAUAUCCAAUCGUAUGAUCUCUACGGAAAAAAUCAAGGAGAGCUUCGAGUUUCUUGAACAGAUUAUUGAGACCCAAGAGUUGACAUAUAGUGGAAGUAAUGUUAGUGGCUUUAUUACAAAUGAUAUGAUCAGUGAUUGGAUAGGCCAAUCAAUAGACGGUACUAUAUAG